GGUUGUGCGUUAAGGUAAAAAUUCGGACUAAUUAUAGAAAUUUAAGCUCGUUCCCGCCAUCGGGAUCAAACCGGAAGUACAAUAAAUGGUGAACUCGCUUUUGCAGUCUUCUAAACUAAAGAGUGCUUUUAUUUUGCGACGUGUGAAUUUAAAUGGCAGAAUGCAGUGAAAAUUAAAGAAGAGUAUGUGUCGAUGAUCCAGUUGCACGAUGCAGUAGUUAAAACAAAAUAAAAUCAAAAAGGGCCUAGUAAAGUACACGUCCAAGUUCCAGCCACACAGUUCACAAUGCAUGGAAGUGGACAAGCAAGGAAUUGGCCCUAUGUCAUCAACUUGGGGAACAGCAUCAUUGGCGUUAGCGUGCUGGCUAUGCCAUUUUGCUUCAAACAGUGUGGUGUAGUGUUGGGCACUGUGCUUCUGCUAGGCAGUGCCUGGUUAACUGAGACAGCAUGUUGGAUUCUCAUGAAGGCUGCUUUCACUGCAAAGAAGAGGUCUUAUGAAUAUUUAGCUCUCCAUACAUUUGGUGCUGCUGGGAAGUUGGCAGUGGAAGUCAGCAUAAUAGGCCUGUUGAUAGGAACGUGUAUAGCAUUCUUUGUGAUAAUUGGAGACCUGGGGCCGCCCAUUGUAUCAAAAAUAUUUGGAAUAGAGAAUACCUCAACACUGCGAACUUCUUUGAUGGUGUUCUUAGGCCUGUUUGUGGCGCUACCUUUAGGAAUGUUAAGGAGCAUAGAGAGUCUCAGUAACAUAAGUGCAGUAUCCAUAGGGUUCUAUACAGUAUUUGUGGCAGAGGUUGUCCUGACAGCAUUCCCACACUUGUGGUCAGGGGUGUGGGUAGCUAAAGUGGACUUCUGGAAAGCAGAUGGCAUGUUCCAGUGUCUGCCUAUAUUCUCUAUGUCUUUAGCAUGUCAGACUCAGUUAUUUGUAAUGUAUGAUGCCCUGCCGGAACCAUCAGUGAAUAGAAUGAACUCUAUAGUGAAGAGCGCUGUUUGGUUCUGUACUGCAGUAUAUUUAACUGUUGGAUUCUUUGGUUAUAUAGCAUUCUGUGAUGUUUCGGUCAGCGGAGAUGUGCUCAUGAACUUUAAACCUACAAUAUUCAGUGAGGCCAUUAAGAUGGGUUUUGUGCUGUCAGUGGCUGUCAGUUUUCCACUCUGCAUUUUCCCAUGCAGGGCCAGUAUCAACACUUUGUUCUUUUCUGAGGCUCAUCUCCAUGGUAAUAUUGGUGGGGCCCCAGUUAUUCCUCCAUGGCGCUUUAAAAUCAUCACCAUCUGUAUUGUACUUUUUACUCUGGUACUGGGUAUUUUGGUCCCAAAUAUUGAGUUUGUAUUGGGUCUGACAGGGGCCACAAUGGGCUCUAUGAUUUGUUACAUCUUUCCAUCUGUCAUGUUCAUCACCGUAAUGUCCUCUUCAAGUGGUGGAAGCAAGUCAACAGCACAGAUGGUGCUAUUUUUAGGUGUAACCAUCCUCCUGGCCAGCACCUAUACCACUCUCCAGUCCCACGAUGAGGCCCAGUCACGCCAGGCUCUGGUGGUCCCUGAUGACCAUCAACACCCAGUAGUGGACCAAGGUCAGGCGCCCACAGAACCACCAAAGUCAGCUGAUCAUGAUGAGGGAGACGAGGUCAAGAAGCAAGCAGGAGAUGAUGUAAUAAAGGAUGAAGGUAAGAAAGGUGAAAAGGACACAGAGAAAAGUGGACAGCUUAUAGAACCUCCUGUCAAGGGGGACAGCAAGGGGGACAAAGCUGAUGUUAAAAAGAAAGAAGGGGAGAAGGAAAAGGCAGUGGCUGUUGAGAAAAAAGAGGGAGAAGAUGUUGAUGACAAGCGUCAAGAACCUCCAAUUCCCCAUGAGCCUGAUGACAAGGUGCCAGAAGAAAAGGAAACUGAUAAAGAAGGAGAAAAAGAUAAGAGUGUAAAAGAAGGGGAAAAUGCAAAAGACACGAAAAAGCAAGAAAAGGAAGAUGUUAAGGAAGUCCCAAACACAACUCCUUCAAUGAAAGCAAAAGUGAAAAACUCGGAGGACAAAGAAGUGGCUGAAGACAAAAAAGAAUUGAAGAAAGAAGAUAAAGCAAGCGCAAAGAGCUCAAACAAAACACAGGACCAUAUUGAGGAGAAACAGGAAGCAUUGCUGAAGGAAUUACAGAAGCAGCAAGUGGAAGCAAAGCAACUGCUGCAGGAACAAAGAGAAAUCAUAGAAGAAUUGAAAAAACACAAAGAAGAUCACAAGGGAGAGGAAGGAAAGAUAGCCAGUGACCAAAAUCAGCAGCCAGUUCAACAACAACAGCAAUUGCCAGGACAGCAGCCACUAGUUCAAGGCAACCAGUUGGGGGUACAACAGCCACAACAGGGCCUAGGACAGCAGCCUGCUCAACAACAGCAAGUUCCAGUACAGCAACAACAGCUACAGCAAGUUCAACAGCCAGUGCAAUUGCAGCAAAGUGCACAGCUGAAACAGAAUGUACAACAACAGGCAGUGCAGGAACAACAACAGCAACAACAACAACCAUUACAACAGCAACAAGGGCAACAAAACAUACAAGUACAACAACAGCAACAGGUACAAGUGCCUCAGCAGGCAGCGCAACAGCAGCAGCCUGGACAGCUACUGCAACAACAGGGACAACAACCAGUGCAGCAACAGCAGCAGGUACAACAGCAGCAAGGACAACAAAACAUUAAUGUACAACAACAACAACAACCUGUACAGCAGCAAAUGGGGAUAAAUGGACAACAAUAUCAAAACCAAGCACCUGCUGUAAAUCAGCAGCAACAACAGCCAGCUGCACAGCAACAAAAUCAGCAACAGCAACAACAGGUUUUGCAACAGCAAAAACAGCAGCCCAUAGUACAACAGGGACAGCAGUUCCAACAAGUCCCACAAAACCAGCUUGCUGGUCAACAACAACAACAACAACAAGAUGUACCAGCAGGCAAUGUGCUGCAACAAAAUUAUGGGCAGAAUAACAAUCGACAGGGUCAGGUGCCUCAAGGUGUAAACCAGGGCCAAAAGAUUGUGCCUGGAAAUGUGGCUGGACAAGGAUUACCACAACAACAACAACAACAACAACAGCAGUUUCAAGGGAAACAGCAGAAUCUCAAGCAAAAUGACUUAGUGCAACAAGUUAUGAAUGGGGGUUAAGCCAGUUUUGCAUCUGGUAUGCGAGGAGUUCCAUAUUGAUUGUUACCAUUAAACUAUGAAGAAUUUUAAAAUGUUACUGUUUUUUUAUAUGGAAGGAAAAUAGACAGCGUGGAAAGAAUGCACCUCAGGAGUUGAGUAUGAUGAUUUGAUCAGUUUCAGUGAUAUCAGUUUCACUACAUGAAUUAAAAUGCUUUAAAGGUUUCUUUAUCUGUUGAGAGAUGUCAGUUGUAUCAUUUCACUAAGUUGGUCCAAGUUUGAGUGUAUAUAUUUUGUGUUGGAAUAGGAUCAAGUCAUUUAUUUUUCAAAAUGCCUGUGGUAUCUUGAAAUCAAACAAUUCUCGUAUUGUUCUGUUCAACCUACAGGCUAUCGUUCGACAUACUUGGCGACCAAAUAUGAAUAUUGAAGCUUUUGAUAGUAAGAAGUAAUUGUUUGCAGUAGCAUUAAAUGUUGUAAUAAGUGAACCCCAUCUUUAAUUCCAGAUUCUAAAAUGGUGAAGUAAGUUAACUGAUCAUGUAUGAUUGAUAUAGAUUGUACAGUACAUGAAUGGGCUAAACAAAUAAAAUUUGUUUAGUUUUGUUUAAACGGAAUUUGUUUAGUAAGGACAACUGUAGUGAAUCCAUUUUAAUUUAUAGCAGAGCAUUCUGUUUUCAGCAUAUUUAAAGACAAAUUUAAUCUGGAAGUAACUAGGGUUUUAAGGUAAUUGCUGUGGUUUGUAGUAAAACCCUCAGGAAUGUGAUAAAUGUGAAGGAAAUUACAGUGUAAUUACUCAAAAAUGUAAAAAAAUACCAAAAAAUGUUACGAUAUAUUCCUUGGCUUCAGUUCCUUCUUUAAUGCAUGUGCAUCUUGCAAUAGCAUAUACAUGUUAGGUCAGACUUUGCACACAGGCAUACGAAUAAUAAGAGGUUUGUAGUAUUUAUGGUGGGAGAUUUUAUAAUAAAAGGUGCUGUUACA